AAAUGACACUGCCAGCCAGCUCGACCACAUUCAACCUUUUUUAAACCGAGUCUAGUAGCUAGCGAGCAAACCUUAACAGUUUGUGGCCGACAACGAAAGAGAAUUAAACAUUGAAAAUUCAUGGAUUUACUUGUACUGAAGUUAGCUAACUUGGCUAAAUAAUAGAGGAUCACUGGCGAUCAACAGAACAAGGUCGUCGGUAUUUUAACCGAGUUGUGGAAGGCAAGGGAUGUCGAGACGAGAGGGUUAGCUAGCUAGGGUUAGCUAGUUAGCUAGCUGGCCAGGUUGGCUGGUAUUGAAUAUCAAAGGAUGUGUUAACACUGCCUUAGCUAGUGUUCCAUCUCCAGAAUGGUUUCAGAGAUCAAACUGGAGGUCGCUUUCUUGUUUGCAAUCUAGUGCAAGGCUAGGUAGGACUACUACAGUAAGUUAGUGGAUUGUUGGAAUCAUGAUGAAGAAUUGUGAGUACCAGCAAAUUGACCCACGGACUCUUGUUUCAACACCUUCAUCAACGCUACCGCCCACGGACAAAAAUGGACACCGGCUUCGAAGGAAAUGGGAAGUAUUUCCAGGCAAGAAUCGAUUUUAUUGCGACGGACGGAUCAUUCUCGCCAAACAAAUUGGGGUCCUACCAUUGACACUCUGCCUUAUCGUAGUGACCAGUGGCCUUUUCUUUGCGUUCGACUGUCCGUUCCUGGUGACCCACCUGACUAUGUUCAUACCUGUGAUUGGAGGGGUAUUAUUUGUGUUUGUGAUCGUCUCACUGCUCCAGACGAGCUUUACGGACCCGGGCAUCCUGCCCCGGGCCAAGCCGGACGAGGCAGCCGACAUUGAGAAGCAGAUAGACACCACGGGUUCCUCCACGUACCGCCCCCCUCCGCGCACCAAGGAAAUCCUUAUUAACCAGCAGGUGGUUAAGCUGAAGUACUGCUUUACCUGCAAGAUGUUCCGCCCGCCUCGGACCUCACACUGCAGCCUGUGUGACAACUGCGUCGAGCGGUUCGAUCAUCACUGCCCCUGGGUGGGGAACUGUGUUGGCAGGCGCAACUACCGCUUCUUCUACAGUUUUAUCGUCUCUCUCUCUUUCCUCACCUCCUUCAUCUUCGGCUGUGUCGUCACACACCUCACGCUACGCUCCCAGGAAGGUAAGGGCCUCGUCGCCGCAAUUCAGGAGAGUCCUUCUAGCGUGGUGGAGCUGGUCAUCUGUUUCUUCUCCAUCUGGUCUGUUCUGGGCCUCUCAGGCUUCCAUACCUACCUAGUGGCCUCCAACCUCACCACCAACGAAGACAUCAAAGGCUCCUGGGCCAGUAAGAGUGACCCAGAGGAAACGGGGAAUCCUUACACUUACAACAGCAUGGUGACAAACUGCUGUGUGACCCUGUGUGGGCCUCUGCCUCCCAGCCUGAUCGAUCGCCGAGGCUUCGUGCCCCCGGAGGAGCCGCCGGCGGGCGCCCCGGACGCCGAGCCCCUCCCCUUCAUGGCCAAGAACGACACAAACAUGUGUACUCCGAGAACCAAGGACCUCCUCGGGAGAGUGCUUCACUCCUUCGAUCUCCAGGGGCUGUGUCCCCAGGGCUCCCCCAAGACCAGUCCCCUGGGCCUGGCUGCCUCCCGCUCCCCUGCCCCCUCCUCCAGGCUCCCCUCGAACGGGUGCUCCAGCCGGCAGGACCGCCCCUGCCCUCCACUAGGUGGCGGCAGCAGCGGCAGCAGGAGAGCCUCCCUGCUCUCCCCGAACCCGGCCUUCAGGCUGGCCAGGCCGUCGCCGUCUCUCAGCCGCACCACCCUCAUCCUGGGGGACAAGCCCGAAGCCGGCUUCCUCUCGCUGCACUGAGCAUGCUCCGUGCCCACAGUGAGGCGGGGGCCAGAGACCUCUGCCCUCGGCCGAUUGGAGCGUUAGGCAACACGGGCCCAAACCUACUGAGGGGCCUCUGGCGGAAACAAGCAGUAACUCUGUCUCGCUUUAGCUUUGUCUUUGAAACUCAGGACUUCAAAACCAGUUCGUCCUCUGGUGAUGUCAAGCUUUCCCUUUUUUGAAUGACGAGAACUGGUCAUGACCAGAGCUUAGUAAUACUGACAAAGCACAAUGAAGAUUUCGUAAGACCGGACAUUUUUGUAGACACAAACGUUUUGUUCCAUGAAGCCUCAAGCCAAACGUUCUUUCGUGUUCCAGCAUCUUAACUCACACAGGAAGCAGUAUCCUCUGCCUUUAUGUACAGUCUUCAGUCCUGUUACCUCUUAUGCAAACCAUCAAUACACAGACUCAAGGGCAUAGGUUUGGUUUGAACAUUGGUGGGGACAAAAUAUUUUUGUUCGCCCCAUGCACUAACACGACCGCUCCUCUGACGCUGAUAAUUGGUGGGAAAGUUUUAGAGGUCUCUUGAUAUGGUAGAGACAAGUCCAAGUUUCAGGUGUAGUGCCAUUUUAUUUUUAUUUUUUAUACAAGUACAAUCCGCCCCAAACCUACCCCUAUGCACAGACUCAAAGUCAAGAGGUUCAUUAGGAACCAGACCAGUCAGGGGACCUUAAUGUUGAUGUCUGGUGACUUGUCACAGCUGCAGGCAUUGCCACGCAUGUUCAGCCAACAGAAGUUGGCUUGAAUGCUAAAAGCAGGCCAAACCUACUUCGAUUGUUGGGAUGACAACCUUAGAGGUGUUCUGCCAGUCAUGGGGGGCUGCUGUUAAUCUGGAGUUUUUUGCCGUAAGUCCUUUUUCGUUAGGAACAGAACCAGUUUCAAAAUGUAUUAAAACAUUUUUUUUUUUUAUCUGUGUGUUUGUUGAGUCUCUGUGGGGAUAUUAUGUGAGGAAGAAUGUAGGAAUGUGUGUAGAAAAUAUUGGUCUUUACCAUCUGUGUAAUGAUAAUCAGGUACUUACUUUCUGAUGGAACAGGAAAUGUUACGUACUGCCUGAGCUGUGAACUGUAUAGCACACAACAUCAUGUGUUCUAGAUGAAGAGUUCAGUCAUGGCAUUUCAAGUCUUUAGUAGGUUUUUAUAUUCAGUAUUCACGUGUGUUGGUACUACAACUUGAGUCCAAAACAUAUUCACCACUGCCUACUGAGUUAUUUCACAGACCAGUUAAUACACAUGAACUAAUAUAAUUUUAUUUUACUCUCUCUUUACUUGUUACAACAGAGUAAAUGUUACUGGUAUAACAUUCUUAGUAUUUCAAGUAAAGUUCUAGAAAUGUAAGGUGAUGCCACUUGCAGGCAGGGCAAGUUGUCAAAAACCUUGAAGUGACCUUUGCCUGUUUUAGUGGCAUGAAACCCAAUCCCCUAGUCGUGUAUCAAGGGCUUCUUGUCUUUUACGUAGAGUUUGAGGUACCUCAACAAGCCACCAGGGGGCGAACUCUGCUAUAGAUAUAACACAGUUACAGUCAGAUGCAGGGCGAAGUUGUGGUGUGGGUCCAAAUGCCUAUUUUUUGUAUUGAACUUCUAUAAUUAACUAUAUAUAUAUAUAUAUGUUGUGAGUGGAAUAGAAUAAGACCAAUGUGUGACAGGUAACUGUUUUGUGUAUUUUCUACACAUCACUUUCUGAAUCUAACUGGUUGGCCUUCAAGCGUUGUCUGGGAAUUUCAAGCUGAGCUUGUAUGUUGAUUGUGUUUUUCUACUUGUGGAUUCCAAUCACGAUAAACAGUGGUGACCUGAAUCUCUGCUCAAUAAAACACUUUUGCUUUGA